AGAUUCAACACCUUCGUAUUCCCAAAAACGAAAAAGCAAAUAUAGUUAGAAAUUUGGCCAAUGGUGUACCAAUCACAAGGUAAGUAUAUUAGUUAUAGUGGGUAUCUGGUUUAGGGUAAAACAUAACAUUGAUCUCUUAAGUUUUAUAUGUUAUUUUAAAAUGGUUUUUAUUUUAGAAUUCUGGAUAACAAUAGAGAUAACUUUUGUGAAGAUAAAAUUAUACGCAUUAAUCUAUUAACUAGAAAAGAUGUAUAUAAUAUUAAAGAAUCUUUCAAUAUUAAAAUUCAGGAAGGAGUUAGAUAUUCUGAAGAUGCAACUAGUGUUGCUUUAUUUGUUGAAAAAUGCCGAAAGAUGGAAAAUAACCCUAUUUUACUGUAGAAGUCACAAGGGGAAAAAUAUACAGAACUUAAAAUGGACGACUUUGUAAUAAUAAUAAUGAAUUCAUCUCAACAGGAUAUGCUUCGCAGAAUAGUGGAAAUGUUAUUGCAGUAGAUAGUACUCAUGGACUAAAUUCUUACGAUUUUCUAUUGACAACAACUGUCCUUGUAAUAGAUGAUUGGGGUGAGGGAUUUCCUGGGGCUUGUUUGUUGUCAAAUAGAGAGGACACAUUCAAUUAUAAAAAUUUUUUUGAACAAAUUAAAAAAAGUGGGUUGCAUUAUGUAUUUCAUGAAAAUGACAUAGAUUUUGUUUUUUAGAUAAGAGUUUAGUUCUACUGUUCUCUCUGUUUAAGUAAUGUGAAUAAUCGUUGGAUGGAAAAUCCAUAUUUUCGUUAUUAUCAGUAUUUAUUUUUUCAUAACUGUUAACACUUAUAUAUAAGUGAUGUACAAUAUUUUUUCUACGACCACUUGCAUAAGACAUUUAUGACAGACAUCACAAAUGUUUUUUAUAAAGCAUGGGUUAAAGUGAUGGGACCUGUACCAAAUCAGAUUUACUGUGCAUGGCAUAUUGACCGAGCAUGGCAAUCAAAUUUGAACAAAAUCCCAGAUUUAGAAAAAAUAAAAGUUAUGUACCAUUCAUUAAAAACUUUGCAAAAGUUUGUGAAAGUGACUUCCAUGGUCUAUUAAUAAACUAAAUAAAUGUAAUGGCAACUGACAAAGCUCGUUGUUGUUUUAAACAAUAUUUUAGGGAAAAUUAUUUGCAGAACUAUAAAAAAUGGGCAUAUUGUUAUCGCAAAAAUCUUGGAAUAAACACAAAUAUGAGACUGGAAAGUAUGCAUAAAACGUUAAAAUAUUUGUAUUUAGAUGGAAAAAAAGUUAAAAGGCUGGAUAAAGGUCAUUUUGCUUUGAACAAAUUUAUACAAAGUAGUAGAGGGAGAAAAAUAAAACGAACCAAAGGUAAAAAUAACUGCUAUAUUAAAGAUAUUAAUGAACGACAUAGAGGUGCUCAAAAUAAAGAUUAAUUUAAAAUAAAAAUUUAUCGACAAAUACAUGGCAAGUUAUUUCAGGUAAAGAACUAUAUGAAGUCAAAUGUUUGGUGACCAGUCCUUGUUGUAGUUUAAGAUGUGAUUUAUGUGGAAUAUGUGUUCAUUCUUUUACGUGCACAUGUACAGAUUAUUUUAUACAUGCUACAAUUUGUAAACAUAUUCAUUAUGUAGUAUUAAAUCCGACCAACAAUAUUUUAAUGAGUCAAAUAACUAUGACAAUAUCAAAUCAAUUGAUGAACAAGAAAUUGGUGCUCAUCUAAGUACUUUGGCACAGAGUAAUAAAGGCGUCGGUAGUAGCAGUAACAAUAAAAACAAAAUAUUAGAAAAUAUUUUUUCUAAAACAGAAAAAUUGAACAAACAGGUCGUUACUUCUAUUGAUAUACAAGUGUUAAAUCAUGUAGUAAGUACGCUUAAAAAAGAAAAUAUAUUCAUUGAAAAAACUCAGAAAGAGCAUGCUUUUGCCUCAAGCUCUAAAAAUGAACCUUCA